AUGGACGCGCGCGGGGGCGGCGGGCGGCCCGGGGAGAGCCCGGGCGCGACCCCCGCACCACCGCCGCCGCCGCCGCCGCCGCCGCCGCCCGCGCCCUCCCAGCAGCAGCCGCCGCCGCCCGCGCCGCCCCCGGGCCCCGCGCCCCCAGCGGAGCCCGCCCGGCCCGAGCCCGCGGCCCCCGGGGCGGCGGACGAGGGCGGCCCGCGCGCCCGGCUCCGGAGCCGCGACAGCUCGUGCGGCCGCCCGGGCACCCCCGGCGCGGCUAGCGCGGCCAAGGGCAGCCCGAACGGCGAGUGCGGGCGCGGCGAGCCGCAGUGCAGCCCCGCGGGGCCCGAGGGCCCGGCGCGCGGCCCCAAGGUGUCGUUCUCGUGCCGCGGGGCGGCCGCGGGCGCGGGGCCGGCGGAUGAGGCGGGCAGCGAGGAGGCGGGCCCGGCCGGGGAACCGCGCGGCAGCCAGGCCAGCUUCAUGCAGCGCCAGCUGGGCGCGCUCCUGCAGCCCGGCGUCAACAAGUUCUCGCUGCGCAUGUUCGGCAGCCAGAAGGCGGUGGAGCGGGAGCAGGAGCGUGUCAAGUCCGCGGGGGCCUGGAUCAUCCACCCGUACAGCGACUUCAGGUUCUACUGGGACUUCACCAUGCUGCUGUUCAUGGUGGGCAACCUGAUCAUCAUCCCCGUGGGCAUCACCUUCUUCAAGGACGAGACCACCGCCCCCUGGAUCGUCUUCAACGUGGUCUCCGACACCUUCUUCCUCCUGGACCUGGCGCUCAACUUCCGCACGGGCAUCGUGGUGGAGGACAACACGGAGAUCAUCCUGGACCCCGAGAAGAUCAAGCGCAGGUACCUGCGCACGUGGUUCGUGGUGGACUUCGUGUCCUCCAUCCCCGUGGACUACAUCUUCCUCAUCGUGGAGAAGGGCAUCGACUCCGAGGUCUACAAGACGGCGCGCGCCCUGCGCAUCGUGCGCUUCACCAAGAUCCUCAGCCUGCUGCGCCUGCUGCGGCUGUCGCGGCUCAUCCGCUACAUCCACCAGUGGGAGGAGAUCUUCCACAUGACCUAUGACCUGGCCAGCGCGGUGAUGCGCAUCUGCAACCUCAUCAGCAUGAUGCUGCUGCUGUGCCACUGGGACGGCUGCCUGCAGUUCCUGGUGCCCAUGCUGCAAGACUUCCCACAGGACUGCUGGGUGUCCAUCAACAACAUGGUGAACCACUCGUGGAGCGAGCUCUACUCCUUCGCGCUGUUCAAGGCCAUGAGCCACAUGCUGUGCAUCGGGUACGGCCGGCAGGCGCCCGAGAGCAUGACGGACAUCUGGCUCACCAUGCUAAGCAUGAUCGUGGGUGCCACCUGCUACGCCAUGUUCAUCGGCCACGCCACGGCUCUCAUCCAGUCGCUGGAUUCCUCGCGGCGCCAGUACCAGGAGAAGUACAAGCAGGUGGAGCAGUAUAUGUCCUUCCACAAGCUGCCCGCGGACUUCCGGCAGAAGAUCCACGACUACUACGAGCACCGCUACCAGGGCAAGAUGUUCGACGAGGAGAGCAUCCUGGGCGAGCUCAGCGGGCCGCUGCGGGAGGAGAUCGUCAACUUCAACUGCCGCAAGCUGGUGGCCUCCAUGCCGCUGUUCGCCAACGCCGACCCCAACUUCGUGACGGCCAUGCUGACCAAGCUGCGCUUCGAGGUCUUCCAGCCUGGGGACUACAUCAUCCGCGAGGGCACCAUCGGCAAGAAGAUGUACUUCAUCCAGCACGGCGUGGUGGGCGUGCUCACCAAGGGCAGCAAGGAGAUGAAGCUGUCGGAUGGCUCCUACUUCGGGGAGAUCUGCCUGCUGACGCGGGGCCGGCGCACGGCCAGCGUGCGGGCCGACACCUACUGCCGCCUCUACUCGCUGAGCGUGGACAACUUUAACGAGGUGCUGGAGGAGUACCCCAUGAUGCGGCGCGCCUUCGAGACCGUGGCCAUCGACCGCCUGGACCGCAUCGGUAAGAAGAACUCCCUCCUCCUGCACAAGGUGCAGCACGACCUCAGCUCGGGCGUGUUCAACAACCAGGAGAACGCCAUCAUCCAGGAGAUCGUCAAGUACGACCGCGAGAUGGUGCAGCAGGCGGAGCUGGGCCAGCACGGCCUCUUCCCGCCGCCGCCGCCGCCGCAGGCCACCUCGGCCAUCGCCACGCUGCAGCAGGCCGUGGCCAUGAGCUUCUGCCCGCAGGUGGCACGCCCGCUCGUGGGCCCGCUGGCGCUAGGCUCGCCGUGCCUCCUGCGCCGCCCGCCCCCGGGGCCCGCGCCCGCCGCCAGCCCCCCAGGCGCGCCUGCCAGCCCCCGAGUCCCGCGGACCUCGCCCUACGGCGUCACGCCCAGCUCACCCGCCGGGCCCCGCGCCGGGCCCGCACUGCCCGCACGCCGCCUGAGCCGUGCAUCGCGCCCACUGUCGGCCUCACAGCCCUCGCUGCCCCACGGCGCGCCGGGACCCACGGCCGCCACAGCGGUGCGCCCCGCCAGCAGCUCCACGCCGCGCCUGGGCCCUGCACCCACUCCGCGGGCCGCUGCACCCAGCCCGGACCGCAGGGACUCGGCUUCGCCCGGGGCAGGCGGCGGUCUCGACCCGCUGGACUCCGCGCGCUCACGCCUCUCGUCCAACUUGUGACCCCUGCCACGCCGCCCCAGCGGCCCGGGCGGGCCGGGGGCGGGGUCAUCCAGACCAAAGCCAUCGCGCGCUGCCGCUGCCCGCCCAGAAGCCAUAGAGGAGUCCUAGGUAGC